AUGCCAAAGUCGCAAGGCAUUUGCUUCGACGACAUUUACUUGACAUCUACAUGGGAUGUCCGUCCAAAGUCAGAAGCUCGUGAUUGCUAUGUUCGAUUCGAUUAUCCAUAUUUCUACGAGAACAUGGUGAUUUCCGACCCGUCCAUCAAUGUCGACACUUUCAAAGAGAAACUUCGCGUCUUCCUCACCUCUUUGUACUACAAGAACGAACAUGCGUUCCAGGCCAAACUCUGCUUCCUUUGUGCUGCCUUCCAGGGAAGUUGUACCGGGAAAAUGCUUUUUCAAGUAGGUCGUGGCGGAGACGGUAAGGGCAUGGAGGCGGUACUUGAUGCAGCACUAUUUGGUUCUAUGUCAUCCGCAAGCCUCGACUGUGGUGUCUUCCUGGAUCGUAUGGAAUUCCGCAAGAGUGCGGAACUGGUGUGGAAUAAGUCUAAUGUCCGCAUCCAAGAAAUGGACUCCAAAGUGCGAUUCCUCUCCGAUAUAUGGAAGAGGUUUGUUGUUGACGAAGAGAUCGACUGCAGGGUAAACUAUGGGUUCACCACAAAAAGACGUUUUGGUAUGUCCAUGAAGAUUCAGGAAGUCAACUAUGAGAACGUGCCUGUGAUUGAAGAGAGCAAAGACAUCAACAAGGCAUGUGAGCAGCUUCGUCGACGAGUGGUUUGUAUUCGUAUGGGGAAUGCAACAUACACACCCAACCCGCAGGACGUUGAUCAUGAGAAGGGGAUCUACCUACUCCUUCCACAAGAUGAAUUGACAUCAUUUCUUCGCCAUCCGGUCACAGCAGCGCUCUAUUUGCGGGAAUGGUGCUUGCCCUUCUUCCAGGAGAAUUCAGUGACAGAUUGCCUGAACAUGUUACACGACUUGAAAUCCAUUGACGAUCGACUUGACAUGGAUACCCAGUGGCUGGCUGCGAAGCUAUCUGGACGCGAUCUUGUACCCCCUGGUAACGAUCGACUUUUCCUGAAUGCCAAUGAUGAAAUAGUGGAGUUAGUCCAUGCUGCGACUCCUCAAAAACCAACGAUCAAGGAGUACUUGUUGCACAAGAUCGAAGAGCUUCCAGGAUGUAUAUCCUCAAGCCGAGGUCGUACCACAAAGCUCCAGACCUUCGUUGGUGCAGUCGAUCAUUCUUCGCUGAAGCUCUUCAAGCAGCUGGACCACAACAGUUUCGAGAAGCUUCAGAUCAACUGGGCGAAGUUGAAACAGUCAAUGAAUCGAUGUGGCGGUUUCGAAUCGUUUGGUAACUGGACAGAGUGGACAUGUCCAUUCGAUCUGAAGUUCGUCAUGCAGUCAUGGGAUGGAAAUGCUUUCCGCGACUAUACAGCUUUCUACAGGCAACAUUGCACAGCCAGAGGCAACACUGAUGCUGUCCUUCGUCCAGUUGCUGAUACAGUACAAGAAAGUGUUGAGCUUGAGAAACUUCGACUGUAUGCGGCCCAAGGAAACGAUCGUCGACAGGAGCUACUGGAAGCCUACACACAUCGACACGACACGAUGGGGUGUCUGGAUGCUGAUGGUCAGUCCGUCAUUGAAGUGGAGUACUACACGCAGCCAUCUUAUGGUCGCCUACUUGCUCGUGGUAUUGCAGGACAGAAGCUCACCAAGGAAGCCAGAGCGGUGGCUUUCCAUCAUUGCACCGAGAUACAUGCAGCCUGUUGUCAUCCCCGUCUACUGCAGCAAAAGCUCAUUGAUUUGGAUGUAUGGUCGGACACCAAGUAUGUCAUGCUUUCUCGCUUCAUCAAGAACUACAAGUCCUGGCGUCAGUGUGUUGCAGAUUACAUGGACAUCACAGUGGAGGAUGCCAAAGUUGAGCUCAUCCGGUUGUUCUAUGGUGGGAAGCCUAGCUGUGACAUUCCAUUUCUUGUGAAGUUGUGCGCUGAGAUUCAAGAUGCAGCACAGGCUAUUGUUCAACACGAAAGCAGUCGACGCUGGCAACAACUCUACUCUGAACGACGCAAUCCUGAGUUUUCGCGCCUAUCUGGAAUUCUAUCUAUGGACGAGGCAAGCAUGCUUGCCUCUGUCUCCAGCCUAUUGGGCGGCUCCAUGUGCGUCCUACUCUUUGACGGCGCGUAUAUCCGAUGCCGUGAUUUGCGGGAUGACAUCUCGCUAUUUCAUGCAUUAGAAACAGAUGACUCUCGCGUCGGUACACAGAUUAGACGGUGGGGGCCAUUGCAUAUUCAGUCUGUUCCUCGCCUUCUCGUUCGCCGCAGCCUGGUAGAGUUCUACCGUACAGAACACGUUGAGGAUUUCGGCAAUUGCCUUCUCACGGCCUUAUACUACAUGGAGGAGGAGUGUGAUUUGGGCGAGCUGAGUGAGACUGAGCUCCAGGAUGGCAUCUCGGCCAGAGAUUUCAAUCUUUCCUCCAUGCAUCUUUCCCAGCGAGACGAUGGUGUGGAAGGCACACAGUUCCAGGAUGUCUUGGAGGAGAUUGAUGGUACAACAGCCUUCUUGCUUACAUUGACUACAUCCAGUGAUCCGUUGGACAUGCCUCCUGGUUCUGCGUAUGAUGUACGUGGAAGAGGCCCGUCCACUGAUGAAGAUGAUGUUCUCUUUGUCAGCACUCCAGUGCAAACUUGUGUUGAAUGCGGUGCACCCCUUGCGCCCGCUCACGCAGUUUCUGGCCGCCUUUAUACGCUUCAGGGCAUCAAACCAGUGGAGGUCACCACAAAGCGCUGUUCCAGGAAGAGCUGCCGUGUACACCAUCACUACAACUAUAGAAAGGUUCACGGCCAGAAGUACCAUAGCCUAUCUCUGCAAGACCUGGAGUACGUCUUCGUCAACAGCAAAGUGGGAUUCGACCGCAUUUUCCUAGAAUAUCACGAU